GGUCAGCGAAACGGCUAAACAAGUGGAAACAACCGAAGGCUACCACGAGGAAGCCGUGAAACAUCACUGAAAAACGCGAAGAGAAGGAAUCAUCGUGGGAGACAUCAACAGUGCAGUUGGGACGUUGUAGAAGGAAAACACUGACGCUCUUGAUUAAUUAUUUAAUUAAUUUAAUUGAGUUAAAAGUUAUUUGAAGUAAAGGUUUUUCCCUCUGGUGACACGAGGUAAUGAGAAACAUUUUCUAAACUGAGAGAGAAACUGAAAUUAUACGAUUACGACAGUUAACGUCGUCACAACCGUGUCAGCUUAAAUUUUGAGGGACCUCAAUGGAUUCGGACGGCAAGAAAGUGACUUUACCAUUGCUGUUGGCUGUGGGAACUGCUGUGAUUGGCUCACUGCAGUUUGGAUACAACACUGGCGUCAUCAACGCCCCUCAAAAGAUCAUUGAGACAUUCCUUAACGAGACGUGGUUUGACCGCUAUGAGGAGCCCAUCACCAAAAGCUCCCUCACGUCCCUGUGGUCCGUCGCUGUGGCCAUCUUCUCUGUGGGAGGCAUUAUCGGUUCCUUCUCUGUUGGACUCUUUGUCAACCGCUUUGGCAGGAGGAACUCCAUGCUCAUGGUUAAUGUUCUUGCCUUCCUGGCUGCUGCGCUCAUGGGCUUUUCAAAGAUGGGUGGAUCGUGGGAAAUGUUAAUCAUUGGCCGUUUUGUCAUAGGGCUCUACUCUGGCCUGUCCACUGGCUUUGUGCCCAUGUACGUGGGUGAGGUGGCACCCACUGCCCUGAGAGGAGCUUUGGGUACCCUUCACCAGCUGGGCAUCGUUGUUGGCAUCCUCAUCGCUCAGGUGUUUGGACUUGAGUCUAUCAUGGGAAACCGGACUCUCUGGCCUUUCUUGCUGGGAUUCACUUUCAUCCCAGCUCUGCUCCAGUGUAUCCUUCUGCCCCUCUGCCCCGAAAGCCCCCGUUUCCUUCUCAUCAACCGCAACGAAGAGAACAAAGCAAAGGCCGUGCUUAAAAAACUGCGCAAGACGACAGAUGUGACUGCUGACAUGAAGGAGAUGAAGGAGGAGAGCAGGCAGAUGUCAAGAGAGAAGAAAGUGACCAUUCUAGAACUUUUCCGUUCACCACUGUACCGCCAGCCACUUGUCAUUGCCAUCACACUCCAGCUCUCUCAGCAGCUGUCUGGCAUCAACGCCGUAUUUUAUUACUCAACCAGUAUCUUUGAGAAGGCUGAAGUGCCACAGCCGGUCUACGCCACCAUUGGCGCUGGAGUGGUCAACACGGCUUUCACCGUGGUGUCGUUGUUUGUAGUGGAGAGAGCUGGACGCAGGACUCUACAUUUAGUGGGUUUACUGGGCAUGGCUGGAUCUGCUGUUCUAAUGACCAUCGCUAUGGCCCUGCUGGAUCAGGUGAAGUGGAUGUCGUAUUUGAGUAUAGUGGCUAUCUUUGCCUUCGUUGCGUUCUUUGAAAUCGGGCCAGGCCCUAUCCCUUGGUUCAUUGUGGCAGAACUGUUCAGCCAGGGCCCGCGGCCGUCUGCCGUCGCCGUCGCCGGCUUCUCCAACUGGACGGCCAACUUCAUAGUGGGCAUGUGUUUCCAGUAUGUGGAGGAGUUGUGUGGUCCUUAUGUCUUCAUCAUCUUCACCAUUCUCCUCCUGGGGUUCUUCAUCUUCACCUACUUCAGGGUCCCUGAGACCAAGGGCCGAACGUUUGAUGAGAUCUCGGCGGGUUUCCGUCAGUCGGCGGCCGCAGGGGUGGAAAAGCACUCCCCAGAGGAGCUCAACAGUCUGGGGGCUGACUCCCAACUCUAAGCACCCCCUUCCAGCCUGCUGCCUUCACCCUGUCACACACUACUGAUAGACUGACACACACUGGCUGCCUGUGCAUUUCCCCCCAUCCUUUCCCCAAAUUCUGCCUCUGCCUCUCUCUCUCUCUCUCUGUCAGUGAUUUCGGUUUCUUUUUUGCAACAAAUUUUUAAAAUUUCAAUGAAUUUGAGAGGGCAGGAUUGAUUGUCUGUAUACUGUAGGAAGGGGGAGAGCUUUUAAUUUUUCUCUUUUGUUUUCUUUUUUAGAUAUACAUGAUUCUUUUAACAUUUUUACAUCCCAAAUCUGCUUCCUCAGCCGUGUUACGACUGCUGUGGUCCUUAGACUUUCUGUUGCUGGAGGGCACUGAAAGCUUGUAUUUUGAUUGGUUGGCCUAAGUAGUCACUCACUCUGAAGUCCUCACACACCCGGUGUUGAGCUCUCCAUUUGUCUGGCCAAACUGGUCAGCAGAAAGGAUGAGCUAAUGUCUUAAUUUUAUUGUUUAUCAGCAGGUGGCGCUAAAGAAAAAAAAUCCCAGCUCCUGCCUCAGCCAGAUGCUCGCUGUCAGUUAACAGUGAAGGGCUAUGUAUCAAAGUUUCAUUUUAUUUAUUUCACGGCCAAUUCUUUAGAUGAGUUACACAGAUAAUCACAACGCUGGGGCAGAGUUUUUCUGCUGAUUUCAGUGAUGUUCUGUCAUGUAUUUUGUACAUAUUUUUACCAUUACAUUUUAAAGUUUCUUUUUCUCUUCGAUAUUCUCUCCAUUUUUAGUUUAUCAAGCUUUGUAUGUUAUGCUGGAAGGAAAUGAAGCAGCCAGCCAAAUGAUGAAAUGUUAAAGCAGAUUCUGUAGGCAGGUUUCGUAUCUAGUCUGACAGGGAUAAGACUCACACGGACAAGUCUCAAUCACACAGUCAGUUUAUGCUCACUGCUCACGCCGUGCUGUGGAGUUUGUCAGCAGCUGAAGUUUUGUUAACUGAUUCACUCAGUGCUGUGUGUCAAAGACUGUUGCUACAGCGCUGUAGUUUAGAUGUUUGGAUUGGUUUAACGCACACGUAAACCCUGCGUGUCACAUCAAAUGUAGCAGACCAGGCUUCUAGUGCUGUUCAGUGCCAGAUGAUGAUUAAGGCUGAAAAAACAACCGCGGAGUCUUUCUACGAUUCUGUCACACUCAGCAACC